AGUCAAAUGCCGAACGCUGAGUUGUACGACCGCUCGGCACACUCACCGUCGACAUUCAAUUGUCACAACAUCGCCCCCGGCCACCUGGACAGGAGGACAAAAUUUGAAAAGUGCCAGUGGUCCCUUAUCAUUCAGUGUUAUCAUUCGCAAAAAUUCCUGUACGCGAGCGCCACCCGAACCGACUCGAAGGCCCACGAGGGUGCGGCGGACGCGCCGCCCUUAUCUGAGCCCCCUCCACGCAGAUCGGCGCUUGUUAGACAGCACCGCGACGCCGAUCUGAUCGUAUGCUACCUGCACCAAUCAUAACUGAUAACAUGAUGUGCGGAGAGUUAAAGUGAUCUUUUAUUUUUUUAUUUGAUUUUGUGGACAGUGACUUGUGUUGUGAUUGAAAUGUCUAGAAGAAAACAGGCUCGACCGAUUCGACUCCUCGAGGAUGAAGAUCCAACGGCUCCGGCCGUUUUUCCUUCGGCGCCGAAUAAAAACGAUCCAGCAAAUCACACGGAAACAGAAGUAUCAGCCGAACCCGUUGCUCCCGAAGAACUACCUGAAGUACUAAUGUGUCAACGAUGCCAGGAACAAUUCACAGAUGUACAAGAAUAUUUAACACACAAAGAAGAGUGCGACAAAAAAGCUAUAAAACACGAUGACCCAGCUCAUUCAGAUCCGGAAGAUAUGGUGGUAUCAGAAGACGACGAUGACGAUGAAGAAACGGGUAAUAAAGGUAUAGAAAAGAUGCGGAGAAAUCGACAAGACGCCGCUAAUAAUAAUAGCGUCGAAGAACAUUCUCCGGAUGCCGAAAGUCAAAGAUUAGGUUUCCCGUUUCCUCUAUCGGCGGCACCAGGUCAUGUGACGUUGGAAGCUUUGCAGAAUACCAAAGUAGCCGUAGCUCAAUUCGCGGCAACGGCUAUGGCAAACAACGCCGAUAACGAAGCAGCAUUACAAGAAUUAGCUGUUCUACAAUCGACUUUAUUCACCUUACAACACCAACAAGUAUUACAGCUACAGCUUAUCAAUCAACUCCAACAUCAGCUUCAAAUAGAUAGAACCAAAGGAGAUGAAGAAGAAACAGCUGCCACUUCACCUUCGGCAUCCGAAAAUGUUGAUGAAAGUGAACAAAAUCAAUCGGGAUGUUCACCACCACCUCAAGCUUUACCUACAUCUCGCGAACCGACUCCAGCUUCCCUACCUCCAGUUAUGCCGCCUAACGUGCAACCUUCACCAGCUGCCGAACCUCCAUCGCCGGAAGUUUCGGUUCCAUCGUCGAUGGCUCAGCAAAUUCAACCUCCGAUGUGUUCGAUAUCUUCGUCAUUAGCGUCCACAAUUAUAACGCAUAACGAUGAACAAAUAUUAGAAGAACCGAAUACGUUGGAAAUGUUGCAAAAACGAGCUCAAGAAGUAUUAGAUAAUGCCAGCCAAGGUUUAUUAGCUACCAAUUUAGCAGACGAAUUAGCAUUUAGAAGGAGUAAGGGAUCUAUGUCGCCGUAUGAAUCGAAAGGUAGAAACGAACCGUUCUUCAAACACCGUUGUAGAUAUUGUGGUAAAGUGUUCGGUUCCGAUUCGGCCCUUCAAAUACAUAUCCGCUCGCAUACCGGUGAACGCCCUUACAAAUGUAACGUAUGUGGAAGUCGUUUCACUACUAAAGGCAAUUUGAAAGUGCAUUUUCAAAGACACAGUCAAAAAUUUCCGCAUAUCAAAAUGAAUCCUAAUCCCGUACCCGAACAUCUUGAUAAAUAUCAUCCACCUUUAUUAGCACAGCUAGGACAACAAUCUUCUUUAUCUCCCGGAGGACCGCCGCAUCAUCCUCACCUUGGAUUUCCGACAGGUCCUCAUUUCCCGCCAACUUCAUUACCAUUAUUCAGACCUCAAGUUCCACAACCUACCGACGUAGUAGUCGGAAAUCAAAUCCCACCUUCGCCUCAUAGACUUUUAGAUCAUCCACCAAGAUUAUUUCCACCUCACCCGUUGUUUUUAAAAAGAGAAGAACAGGAAACGCCCGCCGAUUUAAGCAAACCUCCACGAUCUCCAUCGCCCGUAGAAGAUAAAAUGCAUUCGCCAGAACGAGAAGAUAAGAGAGAAAAAGAUUCCGUAGAAGAAACCAAACCCGUACUUAAUACUCACUCACAAAUAAUAACACCGAAACAAGAAACGAAUUUAACCGACAAUGAAAACGAACACGAACCGUAUUCGUCUUCAUUACAUUACGACGAUUGUAGUAAUAGUAGCAAAUAUUCUAACGAAGAUCUUUUAGAACCGAGAAGUCCACCGGGAGGUGAACCGAACGAAAACGUUCAAGACGAACCAGAAAAUUUAUCGAGCAGAAAUAAUUCCAUAACUGGUCCAUUAAGCAUAUCAACCGGACAAAGAUUACCGGCGAAUUUUUCUUUCGGUAAUACAAGUUCACCACCGAGCAGUACCUCUUCAGGAAGUCUAGGACAUUUCCCUAUCAAUUAUUUACCAGAUAUCACCAAGGAUCCAUCCAUUUACACGAAUCUAUUACCCAGACCGGGUAGUAACGACAACUCGUGGGAGAGUUUGAUCGAAGUUACGAAAACUUCGGAAACCAGUAAAUUACAACAACUAGUAGAUAAUAUAGAACACAAAUUAUCAGAUCCUAAUCAAUGUGUGAUAUGUCAUCGAGUAUUAUCCUGCAAAAGCGCUCUCCAGAUGCACUACAGGACACACACGGGCGAACGCCCUUUCAGGUGCAAAAUUUGUGGACGAGCUUUCACGACCAAAGGUAAUCUGAAGACUCACAUGGGUGUUCAUCGUGCUAAACCUCCGAUGAGAGUAUUGCAUCAAUGUCCCGUUUGCCAUAAAAAAUUCACGAACGCUUUGGUGCUUCAACAACAUAUCCGCCUCCACACUGGAGAACCGACAGAUCUCACUCCAGAACAAAUCCAAGCAGCCGAAAUCAAAGAUUUUCCUUCCCCUGGUGGGUUUCCGGGCCUUCCGAAUUCCAUACAUCCAUUCCUUAAUCAAGGUUUUGCCGCUCCGGGACUUUCCCCGUUAGGCCAUUCCGGUAUGCCUCUCAAUAUGCGAUGUGACCGAGAUAUCAAAUCUGAGCAUGGUAGUAUGGACGAUGAUGAAGAUGACGACGACGACGAUGCGAUGAGUACGUGCGAUAAUCCUCAAAUACCUCCGUUUUCCUCAUCGCCUUCGGAUGUUCAAAAUGUCGGAAUGCCGGCGUCGCAAUUUUCUGGAAGUGGGCUCAGUUGUUCAGCGGAAGAUUUGUGCUCUAAUAGAACGACUACGCCACCUCCGCUUCAAAACGGCGAUAAAUCUCCAAGUCAAUCCGGAGUUACUAGUCCCGGAAGUGCCGAUUUACGAUCUUCUCCUAAUAAUACGUCCGUCCAGAUUCCACGUCCUCCGUCUUCACAACAAGCCAGUAGUCCGGCACCAUCUGACAAUUCUAUAGGUGCUCUUGAUUUAACACCGAGGAAUCAACCUCCGAUUACGAGUCCCGGACCACUAACACCCAGUGGUGCUCCUUCGAUGUUUCCUUCGUUUGGGCUUUUACCUUCUGGCGGUCAAUCACCGUUGAUGUCAUCGGCAUUAUCAUCACUUACAUCGUCAGUUCUAACGUCGACGUCGUUCAGUCCUUUGAGGUUAGCUGUCGGACCUAUCGGAGCGUUAGGACGUGGGAACACAACCUGUAACUUAUGCUUCAAGACUUUCGCUUGUAACUCUGCACUUGAAAUCCACUACAGAAGCCAUACCAAAGAAAGACCCUUUAAAUGCACCGUUUGUGAAAGAGGAUUCUCGACAAAGGAUGGUUGUCAAUGUACGCAGAGGCGUAUCCAGGAGGAAGUAGAACACUUGAGAGCGCAAAAUCAAAAAUCGUCACUGUUCAACUCCGUUCCUUCAGUAUUUUGCUUACCGAUGACGCCUGGAUACGCCUCAUCAAGGACUAAAAAGGCGGGUAACAUGAAACAACACAUGCUAACACAUAAAAUACGAGAUAUGCCGCCUCACAUGUUCGACAAUAAACCGCCUAAUAUGAAUAGUGAGGAUAGUACACCGUUACCUCCAAGUUUACCUAAAAUGGAACCUCCAAGUGAUAACGAACAACCCCAAACUCAAAACCCUCUACAACCUCCUCAAGUACUUCAGCCGCCUCAGGUACCAUCGCAACCGGAGAAACAUGAGCUGGAAUCGCAGCAAAUCAAAAGAGAACCCACUGAGACUGAACUACCUUUACCUAAACGCCCUCCCAGCUUACAAUCAAGUAAGCAUUUGUGCCACGUGUGCAAUAAGAACUUCUCUUCGAGUUCAGCCCUGCAGAUUCACAUGAGGACCCACACGGGAGACAAACCCUUCAGAUGUACAGUAUGCCAGAAGGCGUUCACCACCAAGGGUAAUCUCAAGGUUCACAUGGGAACUCAUAUGUGGAGCAACGGGGCAUCUCGAAGAGGUCGCCGCAUGUCUCUCGAUCUACCUCCCAUUCCCAUGACACCCAAGGAUUCAGAAUUUCUCCAGCGGAGACCAGAUCUCUUCUACCCGUACCUACCGGCUCCAUUCCUUAACGGAAUGCAACAAAAGCUAAACGAAAUAUCUCUAGUCCAGAAUAAUCACAACGGACUAACGGGAGCGGGUAAAUAUAGUGGCCUCUUAGGCUUUGGUUAUCCGCCACCGGAAUCCUUAAGAUCUCAGGCGAGUUCUCCCGAACGCUCCGAGAGACCGCCCAGCCACGAACCCGACACCAGAGGUCUUUGGGAUCUUCAUUUCGAAAGGAAAAGCGCAGCCGAUGCGCCUAGAGAAGAUCUUCUAACACCAACAGCUAACAGGGAGGGGUUGGCUGCCUGAAAUCAGCACCCCUGCGGCGCUAUUCCUACUUUGCUAGUCUAGAAUAAGGUGUUUCAGAUGAUUAAAUCAAAAAUUUUUAUGUAGAAUAACGGUAGAGAUGAAUGGAGAUAUAAUUUUAGUGAUUAUGACUGAAUUUUGUGAAUAUUCCGAUUCACAUUUCGAGCUAUUGAAUGUAAAAUUGUUUUCAAAAACACAACCUAAUCCGUACAUCUCUAUCUUCAAAAUUUGACAUCAUAAAAAACCUUUAUUUUUUUUUGAAACAUCUUUGGAUUGAAACGGAUAGAGGCAAUGACUUUUACUGUGAUACAAUAGCUGUAACAAGCUGCAAAAGGUAGCUGAAAAGCUGCUAUGUAAUUAGAAAUAUUUAAUGAAGAAAAUAGUUUUUAGCGUCUUGUAUUAUAAUAGCUAAGUGUAUGGUUACGACUUUUUGAAUUGCUUAGUUUCUAAUUACUCCUUAAUUGUUAAUCAUUCCCCAUCACUUGAAUCAUCAGUUUUCAUUCUUUUUUACUUCAAUACCUGAUUUUUGUGGUCUGUAAAAAAACCUGGCAUUCCCUAUAGUUUUGAAAUAAAUUACACUGAAGCCCUAUCGUAUGCGAAGGAAUUAAUGAAACGGGAUCUCGUCAGCGGGUUCACACUUUCCCUUUUUUUUCGUCUGGAGUAUCCUUUGUAGCUUUUUCCAUAACGAAUCGGUGGCUAAACUUCUCCACAAAAUUCUCACUCAUUCCUAAUCAAUCCCAGAAAGAAAUCAUGUUCAAGAAGUAAACUUUAAACCGUCCCAAGAAGAUUCAACUUUCCAACUCGAAUAGAAAAACAUUCUAAUAUUUUUUCGAUUCCGAAAAACUUCUUUGAACAAUAAUUUUCAUUUAAGGACAGGGAGGAUUCAAAAUUAACUGAAGCUAACGGAAGCUCGUGCUUACUAAACUUUCCCACGAACUUCCCACAAUAAUCCCCCAACUUAUUAGUGUUCCAGUAGAUUUUUUAUCACUUCAAUUUCAUGGUGAAAGUGUUUAACUCAAUCAAUACUAAUCUCUCUUAAAUCGACUGGAAACUAAUCGCGAUAAUUGUUCAAAAACUUUAAAACUUCCCCAAAUGUUCAGCUUUUUUGUCUUUCCUCAUCUUGUCUCCAAAUUGUGACUCCACUUCUUUUGUGGUCGACCUCUACUUCGUGUUCUAAUUGGAGAUGCAUCCCUCGCUGUCAUUCGACUUAUAUUUUGGUUCAAUUGAUUUUACGCUGUGAUACCAAUUCGUAAAUGUUAUCUAAGUCAUAUUUUUUCUCAACAGUGGACGCUUUUAGAGAUAUAUAAUAAUGACCAUCUUCACAAACUGAUUCUUGAGGCUCAACUUGAUAUGUAGAAUGUUCUUUUCGAUAAAGACUAACUGAAAGGUCAGUUGUUUUCACUUCAUAGUAUCUGUACUGUCUCAUUAACUCAAAAAACUUCCAAAACAAGAAACAUAUCAUUAAAAAUUUUGUUUAGAAAAUGUGUGGUGCAUAAAAAUUUAUUAUUCUAAAUAAUUAAAAGUACUUUUGACAUCUUUGGAAUGUUUUGUAACAUUAAAAAACAAAACGAAAUAUAAUUCUGGUUGCCAAACAAAUACCAAACAACGUGGUGUUUACUUUCUAAUACAGUGGUAUUCUUGCAAGCAACUACCGCCAUCUCUAGGUCAAGCCAGAUACUCCUAGGACCAUCCUCAUCCUGUUUGAUGAUGUCUAGUUGUACCUCGAUGUCCGAUUUACACUCCAGACUUCAUUUACUCAUGUAACAUUUCUUUUUUUCAAAUUAUUAUCAAUGACACGUGUUAAUAUGAAUUAUGUCAUACAUAUGUAAACUUACGACAGAAAGUUUAUAUUAUUAAUGAUUAAUAAAAAAAAUAUGUAAACCAAAUUUUUUUAUGAUAAUAAUAUUCAACCGUAUCCCAAAUUCAUAAAUAACAAACCUUUUAUGUAUAUUUUUAUUUAUUUGGAAGUUAUUUCAAACAAAUAUUUCCAAAUUCUAAAUAACGGAAAUCUAGACAGAAUGCACUUCAUUAUUUUCUUUUUUUAUUAAUAUACAAAAUUAUUCGAAUCGAUAUUAUUCAUAUAAAUAUUCCGUUGUCACAAAAAUUAAUAAAAUAUUAAUAAAAAAAUAUCAUCGAGUUUAAGGUAUACGAGGUCUGGCUAUUAAAUAACGAGACUUAUUAAGAAAAAAAGUUUUAUUAUAAAAAUUAUUCUACAUUCUAAUGCACCCCUACAAUAUACACCCCUUCACUCGCUCCACACUUUUCCAUACGUUUUUUCCAUUGAUCGAAGCAUUGCUGGAAGUCUUUUUUGGUGAGUGUCUUUAGAAGCUCUGCCGUUUUUUGCUUUACCGCUUUCAUCGACUCGAAUCGAGUCCCUUUCAAAGCAGAUUUUAUCUUCGGAAACAAAAAAAAAGUCGCACGGUGCCAAAUCUGGUGAGUACGAGCACUGGAGUGCGCUUACUGGCCAAAUACUGCUUCACAGAUAGCGUGUUAUGAGUAGGUGCGUUGUCCUGGUGCAAAGUCGGGUCGUUUUUUAUGAACUAUUUCUCGCAGUGUUGCAAAAAUUGACAAAUAGUGAAUCUGGUUAACAGUCUGACCCUAUGGAAUCCAUUCAAUCUUGAGGAUAUCGUUAAUGUCGAAAAAAACGCCCAACACUGCCUUCAAUUUUGAUUUACUCUCUCGGCCCUCACUAAAGAGCUCAAACCACUCAAAAAGACGCACACGAGAUAAAGAAUUGCCCCCAUAGGCCUCUUGAAAUAAAUUAUAGCACUCAAUCGGAGUUCUUUCCAAUUUAACGAGAAAUUUCAGAUUGAUUCGUUUACUUAAGCAAAUUCAUGAAUUAAAUUAAUCUCACCUAGCCACGCCACUGCUUAUCGCAAACUGUCUAGCAGGAAAAUUUCAAAGAAAUCGUGUACAUACGCCUUCUGACAGCUUCGGCCAAUAGAAAUGCAUUUAUGUUUACGAUCCGAUGCUUUCAUUGGUAAACAAUGGAAAUGAUAAGUCCAUAAUAAUAAUAGAGAUGAUGAAUUUUGACACACAUUCAUCAAGUCCACGUGGACUGACGGUUUUUUAUGCGCGGAGUAAACAUUAUUUUUAAUUUGGUUUGAGUGCCGUGCGGCUUUAUGAAAGAAAUGUCAUUGAAUUCGAAUAAAAAGUUUGCGUUUAAUUAAAUUUGGGGUGAUUUUGUCGAAAUCUAAUCUUAAGAAAAAUUUUAGAUAAACAUUGAAUCAUCGUUUUUUGCGUUCAACUCGUACAAAUCAGCGAAAAAUUUUCAUGAAAAUCCAAUAGGAGAUUCUCCAACUAUUUUGUAAAGUAUCAAAAGCUAUUUGAAAUUUCCAAAGCAUUUUCUGGCCGUGCCGGAAAUUUUUUUCAUGGUAUUAUGACUUCCCACAUUCAAAUGAAAAAGUUAAGGACAAAGUUUUUAAUUAUCCGUCACUAAAUAUUGAAUCUAAAAGUACGUAGUUUAAAGAAGUUUUUCAGAAAAUUCCAACCCUUAAUCUAUAUUAGAAACAAUGAUUUCAAUUUCUCAAUUUUCUGUUUAAUAUGCAGCGCGUGAAUUUUUCGAGAUGCCUACAUCCCCUAUUAUAAAUUUCUUAAAUAACGACUUUAAAUUCCGUACUAUAAACUCAGAUGGAACCCAAACAUUGAGUUUUUUGUUUGUAUAUCCAGCCAUUUUAAAAUGUUUCAAACUAAAUGGCAAAAUUGCAAAAUCUUAUCCAAGAACAGCCAAAUUUAUCAAGUGGAAAGGUAUUUAAAAGCGUUUUUUCUAAACGUCUAUAACUUUUAACAGAAACACUAACCAACAAACUCAAAAAAAUUAUACCUCCUGUGAGAUAUGCACCAAGUUGACUCAAUAUAAACCGAUUUUUAUAUAAGGGUGUUUGUUAGGGACUAUCCUGGAGAUAACAAUUGUAAAUACUCGACUAGGUGCGUAUUUUCAUUAUGUACGAGGAUUGAUGGAAAAAUUUUCAAAUCCAAUCGUGAAUACGACAGUUGGGUGUACUUGAAAAAACCAUUUUGUGAUGAUUUUAACAAAAAAUUAGGAAUGGAAAGUUAUAUGUUAUGUAUUAAGUCCUUUAUUUGCAUCAUACUUUCCUGAUUUGGACUUUUUUCUCUAAUGAUCUAUUUAGAACAGUAAUGGAUUGUCUAUACUGUCAUUUAUGUCUUUAUUAUAAUUUAUACGGGGUGGGUUUCAUUAAUUUACCCAGUUUCAUAUUUUCAAUUGACUGCUCCUUAUAUAUGGGACCCAACACCAUCUACUGUAAAAACAGAAAAAUAAAUAAAUCAUAAGUAUUUAAUUUAUAGACUUUUGAAACUUUCUGUCAGGUUUUUCUCUCCAUAAGGUCUCGAAAUUGAUCAAAUUUUUGAAAAAAUAACGUUUCUAUUUCUUGCAUGAUGAAGAGAUCGUUUUUAUUGUCUUUCAUUGCUAAUUCCUUAUUAUCCUUAUGUAUAUUUUUCCGUAUUUCAUCCCGGUACAGAUUACUUCGAGUUCCUAUGGGCUUGCUCCUUCCUUGCUAUCCGGUUUAGGUCAGCUUUUUUGAUACGUAGUGGUUGUAUUGAGAAAUUGUAUUGUAUGUUGUAUUAUCCUUCACACGCAGUAAGGACAAUCAGGCGGAUCCCUUCAGUACUCAUUUUUGUUAUACCCUCUACGACUGUAUCAGCUUUUUCAGGUUUAUUGCACUUUUUUCAAAGUUGCACUGCAAUCAUCUUUACAACUGGGUUUGAGACCGUUCAAUAAAUUAAAACGAUUUUGAAUUUCAAUUAUGUCUUUUCUGAUACUUCUGUAAUCUCAAGAUUUGAGCUCCCGCCUCUGCGCUAUGCACAUGUUAAAUUUUUUUUCUGUUAUCGGAAUAUAUUUCGACGAAAAUGAAAUUUCAAAAUGUGACGAAUUUGAAAAGUUUGUUUUGAAGGUGCGUUUCGUAAUUUCAUAAGAGGAUCAACCUCAGAUCUCAGAAUUUUGAAACAAACUAGAAAUUUGUCAUAUUAUUUUGAUUUUUAAUGAUGUUUUUUUUAUUUGGGAACCUUGCAAUUCAGAAAUUCGUAUUGCGGUGUUAACGUAAAUAUGUCCAAUGGACAUUUUGGCGAUGCCAGUAUUUAGCUUUACACUUUGUAUAUAUAAAAAUUUAGAAUAUGAAAAAAAAUCACUGUAUUGUUAUAGAUGUUGUCCAUUUUCGUUUAGCAUGGUGGCAUUCUAUGUAAAUAUUACUACUACACUGUGUAUUAUAAGACUGUUUUUAUUAUUAUUUUUACCCCCUUGUAUAAGAAUUCGGAACAAUUGCCGAUAUUUAUAGACAAACUAGAUAAUUAUUAAAACAAAGUAUUAAAGAACAUAAAAGUCAAUAUUUUAUCACAAAAUGAAGUGAAUCAUUUUAUUAUAUUCCACCAACUUUUGGAACUACGAAAUUUUUUUUAAAUUUUGAUCAUUUUAAAUGUUAGCGAUUGUUCCCGAAACCCCUGAUUCGAUCCCAUCAAUUCCAGUACAAAAUCUCCUAAUGUAUGUAAAAUUCAACAAAAAAAAUUAUUGAAAACUCGUCGCGAGUCCUUACAUACGUAUCUAAAAUCCAGAAGAACAAAAAAUUCGAAAAUAUUAUUAUAUAUAUAUAUAUAUAGUUAAAAGAUGUAACUACUCUGAAAUUUUUUUAGUUAAUGAUUGAAUGUACAAAAUAUUCGUAACUGGUCGAGAGAGCAUGUCUGUAUUUAUAAAAUCGUACAGCCAGUUAAAUCCUGUUUAAUUAUAAAAUAUAAAUAUUUAUCACAUA